ACAUUUACUUCAACUUCGACGAACUAUUUUACUUUUAAUUUCUGUUGCUUCUUUUCUUUUGAAAGACGACCAAAAAAAGAAAAAAAGAAAAGGAAAAAUGAGAUCUACCGAAGUUUUCAUCUUCUUAAUAUUAAUUCAUAUCGCCAUGACUACCAGAUGCAUCGUUGAGGAAAAGUCGCAGGAGGAACCGGAGAUACACGUCAUUCAUUUGGAAGACGAAAGCAACGACUCCUCUGGAGAACCCGAGGUAAUAUCCUUUCAUAUCCCGGACAAACGAAAACGCGAAAUUUGGGAUAGCAAGGCAAAAGCAUUUUGUAGGAAGGAUGAAGACUGUGAUACUGGCGAAAUUUGUAUCGCCUAUUUGAGAUGCGUCAAGAUCAUUAAGAAAAUCAAUUCGCUGGAGAAUCAAACCGAACAUGAAACGAAAAUAUGACGUUUUAAACCGAUUUUUUUAAAUCGAUAUCAUGUACACGACUGUGCUUUACUCGAUGGUUUACGAUUUAUAUAAAAAUUAUCAAUAAAAUUCUAUUCUAUGUAGCUAGCAA